AUGGCUCCCCCGGCUCCCCGAGACUGGCCUUUUGCCGCCCACCUUUUGGGUCCCCGGCUCGGGACUGAGGUGCGGGCGGGGAAAGCCGCGGCCUGUGCCUCAGCGGCCUCUCCGGAUCGGGCCCAGAAGGCGAAAGCGUCCCGCUGUGCCUCCCCCGUCAGUGAGCCCAACUUUCCCAUCCGGAAGAAAUCUAAGGAUGGCAAAGGGAACACCAUCUACCUGUGGGAGUUCUUGCUGGCUCUGCUUCAGGACAAGAACACCUGCCCCAAGUACAUCAAGUGGACCCAGCGGGAGAAGGGCAUCUUCAAGCUCGUGGACUCGAAGGCCGUGUCGAAGCUGUGGGGGAAGCAGAAGAACAAGCCGGACAUGAACUAUGAGACCAUGGGGAGAGCUCUGAGGUAACCCCGCGGGGGCCGCGUCCCGGGACUUCUCCCUCGCGUCCUUUCCUGCUCUGGGCCUCUUGUCCUGCCCUCCAGGCACACGGGAGGCUGA